AUGGAUGCGGUCGCUCAAGGGGCUACUGAUGGCAUGAAGCUGUUCCUCAGUAUUAUCGCAAUGGUGGUGGUUGCUCUUGCUUUGGUUGCUUUGGCAGACAUGAUUUUAGAUGUCGCGAUCCCAACUUUUGGUGGGGAAGCGGUCACUUUAAAAAAGGUAUUUGGGUGCAUCAUGGCCCCCAUUGCUUGGCUGAUGGGAAUCCCUUGGUCUGAAGCCACAGUUGCAGGGGGGAUCUUAGGAACAAAAACAGCCUUGAAUGAAUUGGUUGCUUUUAUUACUUUGGCAAACACUCCACAAGAAAACCUUUCAGAUCAUUCGAAUGUGAUUAUGACGUACGCUUUGUGUGGUUUUGCAAACCUUUCUUCCAUUGGUAUUCAAAUUGGAGGUAUUGGUGCUAUGGUGCCAGAACGGCGUACAGAAAUUAUUUCCCUUGGUGUGAAGGCUUUGAUCGCUGGGACGCUGGCCAGUUGUAUGAGCGGUACUUUGGCUGGCCUUCUAUGGUGGUGGAAUUAA